AUGGGUGUAUUUGAGCUUGGAACUUCCAACCAAAUGUUAGAGCUGAGAGUUACAGCUAUCCGUAUGGCUCUUCUAACUUUGAUCAACUCUUCCUUUGGCCCAUCACUCGACAUGGAUAGUGCAAAGGACUCCACCCCGCCGCGCAACCAUCUGCGAGAGCUCAGAUCGCACGACUGUCUUAUUGAAGUGACCCGUCGCGCAAGUGCCGAGUCAGCUAUCCCCUGGCUUGAAGGCUAG